UUUAGUGCCUUUUUACAAAUAAACGUGUAUAAUGUUAUCUGUUGUUCCGUUUAUUAUUUUUCUUACAUUGCAUACAUCAUCAGCUCAAGAUAACGUCAUCGAAACUACGUCAGGACCUAUACGUGGCCAGGGGUCAGGAUUUGUAAACAGAGGCGACAUUACUGAAUAUUUGGGAAUCCCCUACGCUGAACCACCCACCGGAGACAACAGAUUUCGGGGCCCGGUUCCAGUCAGGCCGUGGAAUCGAACGUUGGACGCGUUUGAGUUCGGCUCAGCUUGCCUGCAGAAUGACCUUGAGCUAAGUACGUCUCUUGUUGGGGCUCAAACCACAGACACGGCUUUCUCCGGUAUUGUGACGAGCGAAGAAGAUUGCCUUUACCUUAAUAUUUAUCAGCCGGCUGGUACAGAUAUGACGUCCACGACAAUGUCAACGUCACAAGAUAAUGUGACGCCACAAUCCAAUGUGACGUCUCAACCCAAUGUGACGUCCCAACCCAAUGUGACGUCAGAAACCAAAGCUGUCAUGGUCUUCUUCCACGGAGGCGAUUUCGUCAGCGGGUCAGGAAUGGCAUACAGCGGAUCGGUGCUUGCGUCAGAGCAUGACGUCAUCGUAGUUACUGUGAACUACCGUCUGGGGGCGCUAGGAUUUUUAUCAAAUGGAAGUGACUCACUGCCAAGUAAUUUUGGACUCAUGGACCAGCAGAUGGCGCUGAAAUGGAUCAACGAAAAUAUUAUGUUUUUUGAUGGAGACCCGGAGCGGAUCACGAUCUUCGGCAGCGGUUCAGGAGGGUCGUCCGUUCAUCUGCACACGAUCAUAGAAAGCAGUCGAUCUCUCUUCUCCAGGGCGGUUGUUCAGAGCGCAACAUAUAAUGAUGCGGUCUGGGAUAGAUUAUCAGCUAAGGAGAACUACGACGCAUUUCUGGCAACUCUCGGUAUUUACGCAAUGAAUGACGUAAUGAGUUACCUACGUAACGACGCAACUGCAGAGGAGAUUUUAGCAGCCUCAGAAGAAAUUGGAGUCUGGCAACCGGUAAUCAGCAACCUAAUACCCGUUCAACCACGAGAGGCGAUGAAGAGCGAGACCGUCAACCAGGACCGCUAUAUUGAUAUGGUGGUCGGUUCCAACAACUUGGAUGGCUCACAAAUUGCGUCAUCAGCCGUGGACGUGGACAGUGAAACGUGGUACUAUGACGUUGUACGUGACGUCACAUCUCGUACGUCAGAAUUUAAUGAUUGGGAUGAAAGUGACGUUGGAAAAAGAAUGAAAAUGUUCAAGCUAUUCUACGGCGGUUUCUAUGGAGAUUUCAACGCUUCGUUACCUCGGUUACAGAAUGCAUUGAGCACGGUGAUCUACAGCGACCAACUAUACGAGACUUGGGCUCAAGAGAUUGCAAUGACGCAGCCUGCCAGAUCAAUAUAUAAAUAUUCCUUCAGGGUAAGCGGAGGUGGUAGCCGAAUGGGAGCAGCUAACGGCGAAGAGCUUCCCUACUUGUUCGGUUUCUCAAGUUCCGCUGACGAGACGCUCUCAAAUGAAAUGAUGACGAUGUGGUCGGAGUUCGCUAAAUCCGGGUUUGUUGAAGACCUUCGCCAGUGA